AUGAAUUCCAAACAGCCAAGCACCUGUUUCCGGCGAUGUUACACGACGAAACCAAAUGGAAAAGACGUUGUCUCCUCCGCCGACCCUGUCAAACGAGUCGGUCAAACAGGAGUCUCUCUCGCCAGAUCUGCCUCCGGCGUUUCAAAAUCUAAGAAACCAAACAGCAGAGCCGUUAUCUCCUCUACUGAUCCGGCCAACCGAGCCGGUCAUCCCGGAGACCCUCUCGCUACAGCUAUCUCCGGCGAUUCCAAGUCCAAGAAAUCAAGAGGCAAAGCUGUUACCUCCUCCACCGAGCCGAUCAAAGGAGCCCGUCCACACGGAGUCUCUCCCGCUAUCGCUGUCUCCGGCGAUCCAAAGUCCAAGAUACUCAACGGCAGAUCCGUCGUCUCCUCAUCCGCCGAAGUACUGUUCUUCAAAGAUGUCAAGUACGGACCACAAGAAGGCGAGCUAAGGUUUCGUCUGAUACAUUUUUGGGAGGCUCGGAACGCACUCACGAAGGUCUUGUUUGGUCUCGAAAUGCUUCUGAUCGACGGACAGGGUACUGUGAUCCAGGGGUUCAUCCCACCAAACAGGAUCGAGACCUAUUUGCCACAUUUGUUCGCUGGUUCCGUCUACAAGCUUAAUAACUUUUAUGGAUCUAAAAGCAAGACUGUGUACCGAGUUGUUGAACCAGACGUGACCAUUGCUUUCUCAUGGAACUCUGUGCUCUCGCCUCUCGAGAACAGUCCGGUUCCGUUUCCUGAAGACCGGUUCCGUUUCUAUGGUUAUGAAGAGUUUGAAGCGGCAUGUGACCUCAGGGGAGAUGUUUAUGAUUAUGUCGGUCACAUAAAACUGGUGAAUGAGCAGACCUUGAGUGAUAGUCUUGUGCUUGAUGAAGUCGAGAUAGCUUUUUCCAGGAGAAUUUUGGUCCAUGUCCAGGCGCAUGAUGGUCCUGUUAUGAAGCUGUACAUAUGGGACAAGUCCGCUGUAGACUUCUGUGAGAAGUUUAAAGCGCUUGGAAAACCUCCAACUGUUAUUCUGGUUACAACUGUGAAUCCAAAACGUUUUGGAGGUGCCUUAACUCUGUCAACUUUAUCAUCAUCGCGUGUUUUUUGAUAUGGAUGUUCAAGCAACCCGGGAAUAUCUUGCUUGGUUUGAAUCGAACACAGAAGUUGCCAAGGUACAAUAUUUACACAGAGGGUGAAUGCUGAGAUUGUCACCAAAGCCGAGACGGCUACUAUAGGGGAGCUGUUAUCUUACAUGAAGCAGGAAGGUGCAAAGGUAGCUUGGUUCGAGUGCACAGCCACUAUUGAUGAUGUUGUGCGUGAUUCGGCAUGGUAUUAUAUUGCUUGUGGUGGGUGCAAGACUAAAGCAAUCAAAGGGCCUACCACGCCU